AUGGCUCGACCCGGUUAUUAUGAUUACCCCCUAGAAUCACAAAAUGCUUUUGACCCGUUUGCUUUUCAAACCUCAAUGUCACAAUCACCAAGAGACUUACAAAAUGACUCCGAUGAGGAGUUCGUGGCGGAAACCCAAGAACAAGAGUUGGAUGAGGAUGAAGAUGUUGCGGUUGAAGAAGUUGUAGCCGAACCGGGAAGAAAAGGAAAAGCGAAAUGGGAAAAUUGGACGCAUAGACAAGAAGAGGCGUUAGCAAAGGCUUAUGUUCAUUGCACUUUGAAUAAAAAGAAAGGCAAUCAACAAAGGGCGGAUGGGUUUUGGAAGAAAGUUCUAAACCACUACAAUGAAACGGUCGGAGGAAGUAACCGAACCCACCACCAAGUUCACUCAAAAUGGAUGCCGAUGCAAACAAAAAUUAACACAUUCAACAGCCUAUAUCAUCAAGCGGAUCGUUUACGUCCUAGCGGGGAGGACGAUGCUUAUGCAAUGAAGCAAGCGCUAAAGGAUUACAAAAACAAAGAAAAAAUUGACUUUGCUCAUAUUGCGGCUUGGGAGGUUGUUAGAACAAAUCAAAAGUGGUCGCUGGUACCUUUAUUGAAUGAAGAAAGCUCCGACUUGGGUCGAAAAAGAAAGUCUUCGGAUUCAGGAAAUUAUGCACGAGGAUCACCGAAUGUCGAAAUCUCGAGCGGAUCCGAUCUUCCCGACAUAAACGAGAAUCCUUCACCACCACCAAGACGACAAGCGAGGAAGGACAAAAAGGACAAAGGCCCGUCUUCAACAAACGAAAAUCCAAGAGAUAUAACACACAAAUUCGAAUAG